AAUUAAUCUAAUUUAACAAAUUAGAAAAUUUUUAAAUUUGCGUCAUGGCUUAUAAAACUCAACAGAAAGUUCAAAAAGUUCUAGUACAGCCUAUAAAUCUGAUAUUCCGUUAUCUUCAAAAUAGAUCUCGAAUUCAAGUAUGGAUUUAUGAAAAUGUUAAUUUAAGAUUGGAAGGAGAAAUCAUCGGAUUUGAUGAAUAUAUGAACCUAGUUCUUGACAAUGCUGAAGAAUUUAAUACUAAAAGUAAUUCACGCAAAUCUAUAGGAAGAAUCUUGUUGAAAGGCGACAACAUAACCUUAAUCCAAAAUAUUACUCCUACCUGAUUUUUUAAAUUUGCUUAAUUCUUAUAUUUGUAAAUAACUGUAUAUAUACAUAAUUCACAUAAUAGGUUCAUUAAAAUUAUAUUGUUAAUAUCUUAAUUAUAUUUGUUUAUUUAAUAAAGUAGUGAUGAAUAUUAUUAA